UACGCACCCUCGGAUCCGCUUUCUGCGAAUCAGCUCCCUUUCCGCUAAAGCUCUAGGCGACACCGCUCCGCUCGAAGUUUUGUUUUGGGCUCACGCGCUGGAUCGGGGUUGCGCAGGUGCAGCUCUCGAGCGAGGGGGGGGGAUCUGAGACGCUGGUAGGCCGGGGAGGAGAUUGUGAGCCCGUUUGUGGGGCCACCGGCAGCUAUGGCUUGCAUGGCUGCUGCAGUUUCCAAUGGCGUCCGGUUGAGUCCCGUCGCGUCGCCUCGUGGGGUUGCGCCGAGAGGUGUUUCUUGCUCCGCCAGGUCUUUGGGUGUGAGGGGCGCCUUUGGGUUGCGGAGCAGGGGCGGAAUCAGGUCUCUGGGUUUGGCAGCGUCGAGCUCCGAGAGCGGGUUCCUUGUGGGCGAUGGGUUGCUGAAGGGCAUCGCGGCCUUGCCGGCGUUGCGGAAGAGCGAUGGCGAGGCGAGGUUGGGAGUGCGAGCGGAUGCGGGCGCGGGCGUGGUGCCCGCAGCCACCCCUGCGCCCAAGAAGGAGGAGCCGUGGAUGGGCGCAUCCAUGAAGCCCCUGAUAGCGUCCAUCGCGGUGGGCGUGUUGGUGUGGUUCAUUCCGACGCCCGUGGGCGUGACGAAGAACGCAUGGCAGCUGCUGUCGAUUUUUUUGGCGACGGUGGUGGGGAUCAUCACGCAGCCAUUGCCGUUGGGUGCGGUGGCGCUGAUGGGACUGGGCGCAUCGGUGUUGACGAAGACGCUGACGUUCGCGGCAGCAUUCAGCGCGUUCGGGGAUCCCAUCCCGUGGCUGAUCGCGUUGGCGUUCUUUUUCGCGAAGGGGUUCAUCAAGACGGGGCUGGGUAACCGGGUGGCUUACCAGUUCGUGAAGCUGUUCGGGAAGACGACGCUGGGGCUGGGGUACAGUUUGGUGUUCGCGGAGGCGCUGCUGUCGCCGGCGAUUCCAUCGGUGUCGGCUCGGUCGGGGGGGAUAUUUCUGCCGCUGGUGAAGGCGCUGUGCCUGGCGUGCGGGAGCAAGGUCGGGGAUGGGACGGAGAGGAAGCUGGGAUCUUGGCUGAUGCUGACGUGCUUCCAGACGUCGGUGAUCACGUCGGCGAUGUUUUUGACGGCGAUGGCUGCGAACCCGCUGAGCGUGAACCUGGCGACGGGGGCGAUCGGGCAGACGAUCAGCUGGACGGAUUGGGCGGUGGCAGCGUCGGUGCCGGGACUGGUGUCGCUGCUGGUGAUCCCAGCGCUGUUGUACGUGGUGUACCCACCGGAGGUAAGAGCAGCCCGACGCGCCGAAGCUGGCGGCGGAGAUCUGGAGAAGAUGGGGCCGAUAGGGUGCGGUGAGUUUGUUGCGUUGCAGGUGGGGCUUUGGAUCUUCGGAGGAGUGUUGGGAGUGGAUGCGGUGUCGGCGGCGAUUCUGGGGCUGUCGGUGCUUCUGACGACAGGUGUGGUUACAUGGAAAGAGUGCUUGGGUGAGUCGGUGGCAUGGGAUACGCUGACGUGGUUCGCGGCGUUGAUUGCGAUGGCUGGGUACCUGAACAAGUACGGGUUGAUUGCGUGGUUCAGCCAGAACGUGGUGAAUGUUGUGGGAGGGCUGGGGCUUGCUUGGCAAGCGUCGUUCGGGAUCCUGGUGCUGCUGUACUUCUACUCGCACUACUUUUUCGCGAGUGGUGCGGCUCACAUCGGAGCGAUGUUCACAGCAUUUUUGUCAGUGGGGACGGCGCUGGGGACGCCACCUCUGUUUGGGGCGCUGGUGCUGGCGUUUUUGUCGAAUCUGAUGGGGGGACUGACGCACUACGGAAUCGGGUCAGCUCCGGUGUUUUACGGGGCGGGUUACGUGCCGCUGUCACAAUGGUGGGGGUACGGGUUUUUGUGCAGCGUGGUGAACCUUGUGAUCUGGCUGGGAGUGGGAGGAGUGUGGUGGAAGUUUUUGGGCCUCUUGUAGGUUGACGACAAGGCGGGAGUUUUUGGGUGAAUGAAUUGGUUUGUUAGAAUGCGUUGCACAUCUUUAGUGUUAGUAUUUUAGAGUUCUGUUUGGCUACAGUAGUUAGUUUUGCGCUGGUCAUUUAUAAUUUUAAGUUUUGCCUUGUCUUAGGAAAGUGUUUGGAUCGUUUUGGUAUCCAGCGCUUUUAGUUUUGAUGUUCAUCUUGUUGCCACAUGUAUAGAUGUUUUUCAAAUUUUGGGAAGUGUCGUAAAUGCUUUGGCUAGACCCAAUGAUCAAUACCCGCCGUAGGCACUUGUUGAUUGUGGAGCGAGGGGUCCACACUUGGAAGAGCUUUGUUCGAAGUCACAUUUAGCAUGAAGUACUGUAACAGUUUAGGGUUUUAAGGAAGAAACAUUUAUCGCGGAAUUUGACUGUUGAAUUGUUGA